AUGCAAUUAACCCAGGAAGAAGACUUUGUGAAGGGGGACUCCACGCCGACCACCGCAGCUCUCCAAUCCGACGGCAGCGCCGGAUCUCCGGCCAAAAUGUGCAGUGAAUGUUACGUGAACCAGACUUUUGUGCACGACGAUGGCACCGUGAACGACCACAAGCCACGCUCCUCCUCAGCUCCUCUCCGGAACCACAGCAGCGGUAGUGGGGUGAUCCUGGACAUCUCCGCCCUUAAGAUGGAGCAGCAGGAGAGCGAGGAGGUGCCUCCGCUGCCCCCCCGCUUCCGCUUCCGAGACCUGCUGCUCGGGGACCAGAGCUUCCAGAAUGAUGACAGGGUGCAGGUGGAGUUUUAUGUGAACGAAAACACCUUCAAGGAGCGCCUGAAGCUUUUCUUCAUCAAAAACCAAAGAUCAAGCCUCCGUAUCCGUGUGUUCAACUUCUCCCUGAAGCUGCUCACCUGCCUGCUGUACAUUAUCCGGGUGGUGACUGAUAACCCGGGUCAGGGCGCCGGCACCAGCCACAGCGCAGGACAACAGAACGCUAACAGUGGCAACGUCAAAUGUGUUGACUGCCAGUGGAACGGAUCAGUGCAGGACAGAGAGAUUAACUGGGAGUUGAUCUUCUGGGUGGAUAGAAAAGUUCCUGUCUGGGCCAUUCAAGUGAUUGUAGCCAUCAUUAGUUUUCUGGAGACUAUGUUACUGAUGUAUCUGAGCUACAAGGGGAACAUUUGGGAGCAGAUCUUCCAGGUGUCCUUUCUUCUGGAGAUGAUUAACACAGUUCCCUUCAUCAUCACGAUCUUCUGGCCCUCGAUCAGAAACAUCUUCAUCCCUGUGUUUCUCAACUGCUGGCUGGCUAAGUGUGCUUUGGAGAACAUGAUCAAUGACGUCCACAGAGCGAUCCAGAGGACCAACUCAGCCAUGUUCAACCAGGUCCUGAUCCUGAUCUGCACGCUGCUCUGCCUGGUGUUCACCGGCACAUGUGGGAUCCAGCACCUCGAGCGAGCAGGGAAAAAUCUGUCACUCUUCAACUCCUUCUACUUCUGCAUCGUCACUUUCUCCACGGUGGGCUUCGGAGACGUUACCCCCCGCAUCUGGCCCUCCCAGCUGCUGGUGGUUAUCAUGAUCUGUGUGGCUCUGGUGGUGCUGCCUCUGCAGUUUGAGGAGCUGAUGUAUCUGUGGAUGGAGAGACAGAAGUCUGGAGGAAACUACAGCCGGCACCGAGCGCAGACGGAGAAACACGUGGUGCUGUGUGUCAGUGCGCUGAAGAUAGACCUGCUUAUGGAUUUUCUCAAUGAGUUCUAUGCCCAUCCCAGGCUGCAGGAUUACUACGUGGUGAUCCUGUGCCCGAGUGAAAUGGACCUGCAGGUGCGUAGAGUGCUGCAGAUCCCUCUGUGGUCUCAGAGAGUCAUCUAUCUGCAGGGAUCUGUUCUCAAAGACCAGGACCUGCUCAGAGCCAAAAUGGAUGACGCUGAGGCCUGUUUUAUUCUGAGCAGUCGGAACGAGGUGGAUCGCAUGGCAGCGGACCAUCAGACCAUCCUGAGAGCCUGGGCUGUGAAGGACUUUGCUCCGAAUUGCCCCCUUUAUGUUCAGAUACUCAAACCUGAAAAUAAGUUCCAUGUGAAAUUUGCAGAUCAUGUUGUGUGUGAGGAGGAGUUCAAGUACGCCAUGCUGGCCCUCAACUGUGUGUGUCCGGCCACCUCCACCCUGGUCACGCUCCUCGUACACACCUCCCGCGGACGAGAGGGCCAACAGUCCCCGGAGCAGUGGCAGAGGAUGUACGGUUGUUGCUCUGGAAACGAGGUGUACCACAUCCGAGUGUGUGACAGCAAGUUCUUUGGAGAGUAUAACAGCAAAAGCUUUACAUACGCCUCCUUUCAUGCUCACAAGAAGUACGGCGUGUGUCUGAUCGGUAUAAAAAAGGAAGACAACAAGAGCAUCCUGCUGAACCCUGGCCCGCGCCACAUCAUGGCCGCCACCGACACCUGCUACUACAUCAACAUCACCAAGGAGGAGAACUCCGUCAUCUUCAACCAGGAGGAGAAGAAGGGCCGCCCGGCAGGGGGGCUCUACGACGGACCCUCGCAGCUUCCUGUGCACAGCAUCAUCGCCAGCAUGGGCACGGUUGCCAUGGAUCUUCACAAUACGAGUCCCCCUGAUGUCUCUGUUGGUAAAUUGGUCCCACCCUCAGUAAACGGGGCAGGGGGCCGCCGGCCGAGCAUCGCUCCAGUGCAGGAGAUUGCCGACUCCUCCUCCAUUCUGCCAUGUGACCUCCUCAGCGACCAAUCAGAAGAUGACUCUGUCUUCACAGAUGAGAAAUCUACCGAGUAUGUGAAAGGUUAUCCCCCAAACUCUCCGUACAUCGGGAGCUCGCCCACCUUGUGCCAUCUGUUGGCAGAGAAAGCUCCGUUCUGCUGCCUACGACUGGACCAGGGUUGCAGGCACAACAGCUUUGAGGAUGCUAAGGCUUAUGGUUUUAAAAACAAGCUCAUCAUUGUGUCUGCUGAGACUGCAGGGAAUGGUCUUUAUAACUUUAUAGUUCCUCUCAGAGCUUAUUACAGACCCAGGAAAGAACUCAACCCCAUUGUCCUGCUGCUGGAUAAUCCGCCGGAUAAUCACUUCCUGGAGGCCAUCUGCUGCUUUCCCAUGGUCUACUACAUGGCUGGGACCAUCGACAAUCUGGACAGCCUGCUGCAGUGUGGCAUCAUCUAUGCUGAUAAUUUGGUGGUGGUGGAUAAAGAGAGUACAAUGAGUGCCGAGGAAGACUACAUGGCUGAUGCCAAAACUAUUGUCAAUGUGCAGACUAUGUUCAGGUUGUUUCCUAGUCUGAGCAUCAUCACAGAGCUGACUCACCCCUCCAACAUGAGAUUCAUGCAGUUCAGGGCAAAGGACUGCUACUCACUGGCCCUCUCCAAAUUGGAGAAGAAAGAGCGUGAUAAAGGCUCCAACUUGGCCUUCAUGUUUCGCCUACCCUUCGCUGCAGGGCGAGUGUUCAGCAUCAGCAUGCUGGACACCCUGCUGUAUCAGUCUUUUGUGAAGGACUACAUGAUCCUUAUUGCCAGGCUGCUGCUGGGGCUGGACACCACUCCAGGAUCCGGAUACCUCUGUGCUAUGAAGGUAACAGAGGAAGAUCUGUGGAUCAGUACUUAUGGCAGACUGUUUCAGAAACUCUGCUCCUCAAGUGCCGAAAUUCCUAUUGGGAUCUAUCGGACAGAAUCUCAUGUUUUCCCGACUUCUGAGUCACAGGUGUCAGUCAGUGUUGACGAAUGUGAGGACACCAAGGAGAAAGGGGACGAUUCUCGCAGCAACGACCAGUCAGAUCACCCCCUGCUGAGGAAGAAGAGCAUGCAGUGGGCCCGGCGUCUGAGUAAGAAGAGCGUGAGGUGGCAGGGGUCGAGCCGCGACUCGAGCAGGGACCACGCCCAGCGCAUUGCUCAGCAGCGCCUCAACCUUUACCGUCGCUCCGAGAGGGAGGAGCUGUCGGAGCUGGUCCGCAACCGCAUGAGGCAUCUGGGCCUCCCCACGUCCGGAUAUGAAGACCUCACUAACCUGACUGCCAGCGACGUCAUGAACAGAGUCAACCUGGGAUACCUACAAGAUGAGCAGAACGAUCACCAGAACACACUGUCCUACGUCCUGAUCAACCCUUCUCCUGACACCAGGCUGGAGCUCAAUGACGUUGUGUAUUUGAUUCGAUCGGACCCUCUGGCUCACGUCCCAGAGGAGCCUCCUCUCCACAGAAGCAGCCUGAAAGAGAGACACGAGUCCGAAACAGAGCCCAGAGAGGACACCCAACUCUGAGAAACACGUUAACCUCCACUAAUACAGUCCCGUUUAAUAAACACCCCCUUCAGCUUUUCACGGGGUGCUGGUUGCAUCCGUGCAGUCUGAAAGAGGACAGCCUGUGCUACAAUGUUCCAGCGCUGCAGUCUGCAACCGUGUUAUGAGUGCCUACUGUCCCCUGUGACAUUUUCAUCCUCUCUCCUCCGACGUUGUAAGUAAGAGUAACUGUGUUCAUUGCUGUGAAAGCUCUCUCAGAUGAGCAUUCAGGGACAAGUGUGUCAAUCAAAAAGGAAGAUUUGAAUCAGGUCCAUCAUACCUGCAGUAUCGUCCUUGAUUAGAGUGAGUUUCCCCCAACCACUGUUUGGAGUUGUUUAUUGUUUUAUUGGUAGUGACUCCUCUCAGAAAAAUAUAAAGUCUUUUCUUAUCUUUUUAGAUCAGAUGCAUUUAUUCUAGUUGUCUCUGGUCCAUACUCUAUUCACCUUCAUUCAAGUCAAAUAAAACAUAACAUUCAACACUAUGUGACUUAAAUAAAAUAUGUGCAUUAAAGCUUUCCUUUAAAGCUUAUUUUUGUAGCUGAAUCGUAGAAGUAGUUGCUAACGGAGCCCGGCAGUAGCCAUAGAGGAAGAAAGGACACUAUUCACAUUUGUGAGCACAAGAUAUAAUUAAAUUACCUAACUUAAAUGAAAUCAUUACCAGAUUUUGAUUCAAUUAUGUCCACAAAUUAAAUCUUUAAUAACUUUAGCCAUGCAAAAGGCCAAAUCAUUCAUCCCAGCUGCCACCUGCUGCAGGCAUCUGUCCUUCGUUUAUAGAGACAUGAAUAAAUACUCUUUAAUGAAGCUUUACUUUAGCUUCGGGUGAGUUAUCUAGACCUAUUCUCAAUACUUGCUUUGUAUUACGUUGUUAGGACAAGCCAAUAAACAAGGAUAAAGAGAGCGUGUGGGUGAUAUUGUGAGCAUCCAGGAUUUAUUUAACUUUGACAAACCACUGAAAUGAAUAAAUUACUUUUUUUCCUCUAUGGCGGCCCCUGUGCUCCCUAGUUAUUCAGUAGUGAAAGGUUUUGAAUAUUAAAUGAUGUACAAAUAUUGUUGUUCCUCACAUUUCUGAGGUUGGAUGAGGUUUUUGCAAUGCAAGUGCAGUUUAACAGUUUUUAACCCUUUUAACAGGCUGUGCAAUAUAUGCAGUAUUGUGCCAUUCAGAUUUAUUUGAUUUGUACUGUAUUAGGAAUCAGAAAACUUUUACUUUAAGCACUGCUCAAUUAAUAAAUGUGCUUGUGAAUGUACAUGUAUGGCUCUUUGGACAAGGUAUGCAUUUCUAAAAUGCUACAUCCUGUACUGUAAGA